CUCACAUAUACAUACUGCUUUGCCAUUUUUAUCAUGGCGAUUUCUUUUUGACAUUUGACUACAACUGGGCGCACGUGUUUUCGGGCAAGGCUCUGUGCUAAAUUAUAGUAAAAUCAAAAUGAAUCCGGAGAAGCUGAAGAAGUUGCAGGCGCAGGUGCGCAUUGGCGGCAAGGGAACCCCCCGCCGCAAGAAGAAGAUUGUUCACUCCACGCCCGCCACCGACGACAAGAAGCUGCAGUCGUCGCUGAAGAAGCUGUCGGUGAACACCAUUCCCGGCAUCGAGGAGGUGAACAUCAUCAAGAACGAUGGCACCGUCAUCCACUUCAACAAUCCCAAGGCCCAGGCCUCGCUGCCGACGAACACGUUCGCCAUCACCGGCCACGGUGAGAACAAGACGAUCACCGAGAUGGUUCCCGGCAUCCUGACGCAACUAGGACCCCAGGACAUCAACCAGCUGAAGAAGCUGGCCACGGAGAUUGCCAACAAGAGCGCCGCCGGCGGCGCAGCCGGUUCCUCGGCCGUCGAUGCCGGCGAUGAUGAUGUGCCCGAUCUGGUGGAGAACUUCGAGGAGGUGGCCAUUGCUGGCACAAAGGAGGAGAAGUCCGGUGAGGUGGCGGCCUCCGCUUAAUAGCCAGGACGAAUCACCUAAAAACAACACCACACACACAAAAACACCGAACACAAAAACACAUACAAAACAUACGGCCAGGGAGCAAACAGAAGGGGCGGCCAUACAGGCAUACGCACCCCUCCGGCAGUCGGAAUUACACCAACCAUACCCAGUACCACUACUCGCCGUUCCGUAACCAAAUCGGAAUCACUCCGGACUGUGGCGGUACGUGCCUGGAUGGGCCAUCCUUCGGGCUCCCUUUAGCCACUUUUUGGGGGUCAUGCUACACACUAUACUAAAAUACAAAAAAUAAAGGCAUCCGAGUGAGCGCUGAACAGAA